AUGGAGGCUCGGGGGAUGCGCCUUGCCCUGUGGCUCCUCACUUUUUACAUGCUCAUGCAGAUGCUUUCUAGUGAGUUGUUUGCUCCAGGAGUCAAAAGAGAGCUGUGUGAAAGCGGGUAUCUUGGAGCGAAAACCGCGCUCUGCAACCACCCUGUAAGGAGGGGAUUCUGUGGCUUGCAUCUGUACAGAUACUACUUCAAUAAGAUCACAUUGCUAUGUGAGCCCUUCGUCUUCUCUGGCUGUGGGGGCAACAGGAACAACUUUAAAAGUAAAUACCUCUGCGAAUUCUAUUGCAUUAAUAAGCAGACACAAGCUACACAGGAUAGCCCCCAUCUGGUGGAAGAAGAGAUCUGGCUCACCGGCUCCACCCUUCAGUCCCGUCCUCAUCUGGAAGAAAACCACCUUACAGCAUCUGAAGGUCCUGGGGCGGACAGCCUCAACUGCUCUCGCUGA